AGUACAGUGCAGUUAAUUUGGGCGCAAAUGUUCGAGUGAAAGCUAGGACGCUUGUUUUCAUUUUGAUUUUUCUGAAAAUAUUCAAUAGUUACUAGCAAAACUUGCCAAAGCAGUAAUGUCUGGUGAUAGUGGCGCUAUAGUUAUACCGGUGGAAUCCCCAGCGGAACAGGAGGAGCGUCAGAAAAGCUGCCGCAAGCUGCUGAAGGAAGUACAAAACGUUUCGACAAUGGACAAAGAAAAUGCUGGCAAGCCUACCAAAUUGCAGAACUUCUUGGCCAAGAAGGAAUUGAUUAAGAAAACUUUACUUGUUGACCCACGGGAUGUUAUUGAGCAAAAGCGAAAAAAGCUUGUGCAUUCUCAGGCAAGCCAAACUUCCCCGGAGAAAAAGGUAGCGAAGGCUAAGCCUACAGUCACAGAGGAGGAUCUUACCUCGAUGGAAGGUCCGAGUGCAGUCUAUUGGGAAAUUCUGGCGGAAAAACGUCGCCAAGCUCUGGAAGAAUCACUGCGGGAAAAUGAAGAGCUGCACGAAGAAGCGGCAGCAUUUAGGGAAGAAAAAGCCGCCUAUCAGGAGGAGAUCGCCGCACUCAAAGAAGAGCUGAACCUCUCUCGGGAAAUGCUAGAGGAAGCUCGCAAUCUGGUCGAGGUUCUGACCGAGAUGCUGCAGGAAGGUGAAGCCGAAAAGGAGGAAGCGGCUGCCGGCAGUAAGGCGGGUACCAGCACUCCGGUGGACGAUAGUGGGGUCGUUCCAGAGGGUGGCAGUGAAGUGGAAGAUGAUUUGUAAGUGACAAUUAAUUGAUUUAUGGAAGCUUAAAAAUCAUUCUAGUAUUUUUUAUGUAAAUACUUCAUCUCAAAAUGUAUAACUUCGAUCAGACUUUCAUGUUUGUUUUGUAGUAAUUACACCAGACCGUAUUGAAAUGAUUUCCGAUUUUGUUGCAUUAGACAUUAAACUAAUAAGGAACAUUUUUUUCUCAUCGCUGUUCGUAGUUAAGAUUCUCAUUCGUUCAAACCGUUUAAUUGAGUAGCAAGUAUAUUUUUCUUUCUUCUAAAUAUGUGUGACAAAACAAUAACAUGUUAAAUAUUGUAAUGUUGAAAAAAAAAAUAAAGGCUUGGUA